UCGGGCCAGCGAGCCUCCAUCCGGCGCUACGUCCUGGCUAGUGGCGCUCCGGAUUUUGGCGUCAGGGCGUCCUGAGUGGAAAAGACAGAUCCAGAGUUGGUCAGUCCAGCAGGUGAAGGGCACGGGGCCGGGCCCGGCGGCAGGAGAGAGUGGUAGGGGUCGGCCAGGUGGGACGCGGACACCGUGGAGCCAGGCCUCAGCCUCCGGCCGCCCGCCCGCAGGCGCAAUGAAGGCACUGAUCUUGGUGGGCGGCUACGGGACGCGCCUGCGCCCGCUGACGCUGAGCAUCCCGAAGCCACUGGUGGACUUCUGCAACAAGCCCAUUUUGCUGCACCAGGUGGAGGCGCUGGCCGCGGCAGGUGUGGACCACGUGAUUCUGGCUGUGAGCUACAUGUCUCAGGUGCUGGAGAAGGAAAUGAAGGCGCAGGAGCAGAGGCUAGGAAUCAGAAUCUCCAUGUCCCAUGAAGAGGAGCCUUUGGGGACAGCUGGACCCCUGGCACUGGCCCGUGACUUGCUUUCCGAAACCACAGACCCUUUCUUCGUUCUCAACAGUGACGUGAUCUGCGAUUUCCCUUUCCAAGCCAUGGUGCAGUUCCACCGGCACCAUGGCCAGGAGGGCUCCAUUUUGGUGACCAAAGUGGAGGAACCCUCUAAGUACGGUGUGGUGGUGUGUGAGGCUGACACGGGCCGCAUUCACCGGUUCGUGGAGAAGCCGCAGGUGUUUGUGUCCAACAAGAUCAACGCAGGCAUGUAUAUCCUGAGCCCUGCCGUGCUGCGGCGCAUCCAGCUGCGGCCUACGUCCAUUGAGAAGGAGGUCUUCCCUGUCAUGGCCAAGGAGGGGCAGCUAUAUGCCAUGGAGCUGCAGGGCUUCUGGAUGGAUAUUGGGCAGCCCAAGGAUUUCCUCACCGGCAUGUGCCUCUUCUUACAGUCGCUGCGACAGAAGAAGCCUGAGCAGCUGUGCUCAGGCCCUGGCAUUGUGGGCAACGUGCUGGUGGACCCAAGUGCCCGCAUUGGCCGGAACUGCAGCAUCGGCCCCAACGUGAGCCUGGGCCCUGGCGUGGUGGUGGAGGAUGGCGUGUGCAUCCGGCGGUGCACCGUGCUGCGGGACGCCCACAUCCGCUCCCACUCCUGGCUUGAGUCCUGCAUUGUGGGCUGGCGCUGCCGCGUGGGCCAGUGGGUGAGCCUCUGGGCUGGGUCCCACAGGGAGGGGGCGGGGAACAUGUCUGCUUCGCUGACAAGGCCUGCCCCUUCCCCCGAGGUUCGAAUGGAGAAUGUGACCGUGCUGGGUGAGGACGUCAUAGUUAACGACGAGCUCUACCUCAACGGGGCCAGUGUGCUGCCCCACAAGUCCAUUGGGGAGUCUGUGCCAGAACCUCGAAUCAUCAUGUGAGGGGCUGCCGUGGGGCUGGCUGAGGCCCCAUUAUUGGCAAGGGGAGCACCGGCCUGACCUGCCAGAAGGCCCUGGACUUGUAGCCUUUUGUCUGGGGAGGCCUGCACAAGGUGGAAACUGUUGGACACCUGCCUUUUCCUGUGGACAAGAUCUGGCAGGGUCCUUGCUGGGCACAUCCCACAAUGCCCAC